GUACCACCGAUCGCGCACCAAUAGAUAUAUCGCCCAACGGUCGAGUACUAGAAAAAAAAAAACCAUACCGAAUCGCAAUGUUCGUAUAUAGCGCGUCAGUGUUGUGGAACGUCCUAGUCGACGAACUAUCCACCAAAAUCCUGUUCGUGUUCGUCGGUGUUUUGACGUUGGUACGCGGCCUCCAAAUCCUACGAGAAAACGCCAGUUUGCCACCCGGACCUUGGGGGUUACCGGUGUUUGGCUCGUUGCUGUCGCUUAAGGGCGAUUUACAUCUUCACUUCAGGGACCUGACCUAUCGUUAUGGGUCCCUCAUCUCCACCAGACUCGGCUCGCAGCUCAUCGUCGUUCUGAGCGACUACAAGCUGAUAAGGGACGCGUUUCGCAAGGAAGAAUUCACGGGCCGACCUACCACCGAAACUACCAACUUGCUGGAAGGCUACGGCGUCUUGAACGUCGCCGGAAAAUUGUGGAAAGACCAACGUCGAUUCCUCCACGACGGCUUGCGUCAUUUCGGCAUGUCCUACCUCGGCUCGCGGAAGAUCCGAAUGGAGACUCGCAUAGCCAACGAAGUGGAGGACUUCCUCAAAGUGCUUAACGCGAAAAACGGCCAGCCGGUCGACCUCAAUCCCAUAUUGGCGGUCUCCAUUUCCAACGUCAUAUGCGGCGUUUUGAUGUCGACGAAAUUUUCGCACGACGACCAAAGAUUCACCCAGUUGAUGGAACUGAUUGAAGAGGGCUUCAAGCUGUUCGGGUCGUUGGAGGCGGCACUUUUCAUACCUAUCUUGAAAUAUCUGCCCGGACACAGGGAAACACUCGGGAAAAUUGCCAAGAAUCGCGAGGCCAUGGCUCAAUUCUUGCAGGAGACGAUCGACGAGCACAGAAAAUCUUUCGACCCCAGUCAUCUCCGUGACCUUUUGGACACGUACUUGUACGAAAUUGAAAAGGCCAACGAGGAAGGUGUUGGACAUCACUUGUUCGAGGGCAAAGAUCACGAUCGCCAAAUGCAGCAGGUGUUGGGAGACAUCUUUUCUGCGGGCAUGGAAACGAUCAAGAGCUCCCUGCAGUGGGCUGUUUUGUUCAUGCUGCACAACCCGGAGCAGAUGCGCCUGGUGCAGGAAGAGCUCGAUCAGGUGGUCGGUCGCCACAGGUUACCCAAGCUGGAGGAUCUCGCCUACUUACCAGUUACCGAAUCGACAAUGAUGGAAGUGUUGAGAAUAUCCAGUAUAGUUCCUAUGGGUACCACGCAUGCGCCUACCAGAGAUAUCCAACUAAACGGAUUCCACCUGCCGCAACACGCACAAGUCGUACCUCUGCUCCACGCCAUCCACAUGGACCCAGAACUGUGGCACGAGCCCGAAAAAUUCGACCCCACCCGUUUCAUAAACAACGAGGGCAAAGUGCAAAAGCCCGAAUACUUUCUGCCGUUCGGAGUGGGGAGGAGGAUGUGUCUGGGUGAAGUUCUGGCUAGGAUGGAGAUUUUUAUGUUCUUCUCGUCGCUGCUCCAUCGCUUUCACGUCCGCGUACCUGAAGGAGAGACCUUGCCCAGCCUCAAGGGUAUCUCCGGCGUCACGAUAAACCCCACGGCGUUUAAGGUGUGCCUCAAACCGAGACCGAUGGGCGACGAAGACUCCAACCUGAGACCGGCCGGCAGCCAUUGAACGUCGAUGGUGCGAGAGCACGGUCUGAGUUUAGUUCCUAUUACAGUUGCCCGGACACAGUACUUAACGAUAACAGCGAUGACAGAUCUCCGAUUACGAUCGGCUGUGGGUUAAAAGUGUUCACGAAUCACCAAUUGUAGUAUUAGACUGUCGAUAGACCUUAAGUACAAACGCUAGUCAAGCAUGUUAUCAUCCGUCAUUUUUUUUUGUUCGCGUUUUUUUUACCAUUUUGACAAUAUUUUACCGUUUGCAUCGUUAUCACGUUCGUUACCUUGAUUGUCAACCAUACUUAAUUUUUUUUAGUCGUAGGCAUAAUUUAUUUAUUUCACCCCUAAGGAUUAAUUAUUGUACCAUCAUUCCGUAGGUUAGGUAUGAGUAACGUUGCGGAUUUGUCUGCAACCUUGCUUGGGUUCGUAUUUUAUAGAGAGGAAGACUUAAGUUAAGAUUUUUUUGUUGCAACAUGUAAUUUUAUAAAUAAACA